UUCCUUCUCCGAGCACAGGAAGGCCGGGCUCGAUACGGCGCAUGCUGUCAGUGGCCCUAUAAACCCAAACACCAACAACAACCUCCACGCUGCUUGUCACUCCACACCAACAGUAACUUCAUCCAGGUGAAGCAGCUCAACCCAUCGUAAAGCAGAGAUUAAUAACUUCUCAAGAGUCAUCAUUGUGCUUUAUAUUGGGAUUUGUUACAACCACUGCACCAUGGUUGAAGACCAGAAACAGGAGGUUGGCUCAAGUGCAACUAUAGCUUCAGAUUUACCAAAAGGGGUAGCACUGCUUGCAGAUCUUGCUACCAAUCUUAAUAAUGCUACAGCCACUUUUGAUGUUUUGGCUGAGAAGAUCAAGAAUGGAGAACUGAAUUCAGCCAAGGGAUUAAGCUUAUUAGAGCUCAAAAACCAGUCUUUCCUCACAUAUAUGGCAAAUCUUGUGUACCUGACUCUUCGGAAACUAAAAGGUUUGAAGAUUGAGAAAGACUCUAGUAUUGAUCGACUUGUUGAAGCAAGAGUUGUCUUAGAACGUAUUCGCCCAUUGGAAGAUAAACUGAAAUAUCAGAUAGACAAACAUGUGAAAACAGCUGCAGACGGUGUGGUCAGUGCAGAUGAUACUUUACGGCUGACAGGCAAUCUUGAUAAUAUUGUAUCAUCUUCAGAUGAUGAUGAAGAAAAGGAAGUUACAUCAAAAGUCAAGAAAACAGACGAUGAGGAACAGAAGAUUUACAAAAUCCCAAAGAUCACCCAGGCUCAUUAUGAUGGAGAAGCGAAAAAAAAUGAAGCAAAGGAAAAAGCCAGGCGUAGAACUCUGAAUUCUAGUAUGCUGCGUGAUGCUCUCUUGGAACACACUGAGGACCCAGAAGUUGUGUACAACAAUGAUGUCCUCAAGCAGAGGGCCAUAAAAAAACGCAGGGAGCUUGAAGUGUUUGAAGAGGAGAACAUGAUCAGGAAAGUGGUGAGUCGACGUGACAAAGCUGCCAUGCGACAGAUGACCACACUAGGCACAAUGGGGUCUGAGAUCUUAGGUUUUAACACUAUGGAUGCUCUACAGCAUGAUUAUGACCCCUCAGCUCCAGCAGCCAAAAGACAAAAGACAGGAAAGUCUUCAAAAAGCAAAGGAAAAGGGAAAUUUAAGGGCAAAAAAGGGUUCAAGAAGCAAAAGCACAGAUUCUAGAGUAACAGCGAAUCUCCACCUCCUGCAUUAUUUCGGGUUUUUAUGCAGUUCUAAAUUUCUUUUGAAUGGAUAACACUUGCUGUUAAAUGUGAAGAGUUGUUGGAAUAUCUCUGUACUUUCAUAUACAAAGAGCUGGCAAUUCAUUUUAAAUUCUAACAGGCUAAUUAGAUUUAUCCAGUUGUCUGUUAAAGCCCUAGCAUUAUGUAUGGUAAAUGUAGAGUUAAAUAAGCAUUUCAACUAA